AUCAUUAACGGCAACCCCCAUCGCCUUCCGUUACAAAGUUGAAUUUGAGUGCUUUGUGUGUAUAUUUUUGCAUUCAGUUUGCUGGUCGGUUGUAAAAAACGAUACCAACAACUUAUUUCAGCAUUAUUCAAAACCAGUUUGCCCUUCAGAACGUGUAACACCAAAAGUUCAAGCCUGGUCUCAUAGUUUGAGUUGCCUAUUUCAACUUCAACUUGAACUUUGAUGAUUUGAAAUGUUUUAAGCGUGCUGAUUCCAUUUUUAUGCUAAGUCAAAUCAAUCUGUUUGAAGUGGCUUAAUAAGUUGGAUUGUAUACUGCCAGGGUACGGAAUUGAACUAGCAGCCAGUGAUGUUACUGCUGCUUGGGCUGGUUGUCCAGCUGGGUUUCACUGCAGCCCAGCUGGCUCGGUAUGAUCCAACCUGCCCGAAGAACUGGGUCCAGUAUGAGGAUGCCUGUUACCGCUUUGUGCGCAGCCCUAUCAAGAGAAGGGAUGCCGCAAGGGAGGCAUGUCAGGGUUUUGCUGCCGACCUGAUGAGUCUCAACACAAUGGAAGAGCACGCGUUCGUGGUGAACUGGCUGCGCAAUAACGACCCGCAGCACCGCGACUGGUAUAUGGGCGCUCGCCAGCAGACGUCCAACGUGUGGACUAACGACGGCGACAGCACUCCGCUGCAGGGACUGGAGAGCGCCUUCCUACCCGAGCAGGAGAACGUCGUCGACAAGAGCUACGCCGCCUACAGUUUCUCCGAGGGGUCCAGCCAGUGGGGGCUGCGCAAGGUGCCCGGCGUCGAGCGGCUGCUCUACAUCUGCGAGAUAAAACUCUCCGAACAGAACUUUGUCGAUGUCGGCGAGCGCGACCACACAUACGGCCGUGACGUGACUGAGGCCCGGCUGGUGCCCCGCGGACCCAAGAUGGUGCUGCAGCCCAAGCCGGCCGUCUUCGACAUCAGCCAGCGCUCCACCAAGAACGACGUCACCAUCAAGUGUCUGGCCGACGCGUAUCCUUACCCCACGUACGAGUGGUACGAGGAGGUGUACGAAGACGACAAGCUCAUCUACAACAAGGUGGACCCGCUGAAGGACUCGCGAUUUACCAUCAGCGGUGGCGUACUCAUGAUCUACGCGCCCGACCAGGUGGGCGAGCGCGGCAAGUACCACUGCCGCGCGACCAACAAGUUCGGCACCAUCGUCUCCGAGAGUGUUCAGCUGGCGUUCGGUCUCAUCGGAGAGUUCAACCAGAAACGCUCCAACGAGAUUGGACAGAUGAACUUUGGCAAGGGCAUCUACUGCGACCCUCCGCAACAUUUCCCAGAGGUACACUACCUGUGGGUGCGCGACUACUUCCCCAACUUCGUCGAGGAAGAUCAGCGCGUGUUCGUCUCGCACGACGGCCAUCUGUACUUUUCGUCGCUGGAGACGAUUGACCAGGCCGAGUACAUGUGUAACGUCAAGUCGACCAUCUCUGAAAACGGCAAGAUCGGACCCAAGUUCCGGCUGGAUGUUGAGGCCCACUCCAACUACCAGCAGCUGCGGUUCGCGCACAACUUCCCCAAGUCGUUCCCGGAGGCGCCGCGGGAGGGUGAGGAGGUCCGUCUCGAGUGUGUGGCCUUCGGCUACCCGGUGCCGCACUACAACUGGACCCGGCGCGGCGGCGACCUGCCGCGAGCCGCCCACCUCACCAACUAUGACCGCGUUCUGACGCUGCCCGAGGUGCGCGUCGAGGAUGAGGGCGAGUAUGUGUGCCGCGCCAGUAACAGCAAGGUGUCGUCAGAGGCCUCCGUGACACUCAGCAUUCAGGCCAAGCCGCGCUUCACCAUUCCGCUGGAGGAUCAGCACAUUAACGAGGGCAGCGAUCUGGCGUGGACCUGCGAGGCGUUCGGUAUUCCAGAGGUCACCUACGCCUGGCUUCGCAACGGCGUCGUGCUCGAUCCCAAGGAUUUCGAGAAGGACCCCCGUAUCGAGAUCCAGGACAGCCUUCUGACCUUCAAGAACGUGACUGACACUGACCAGGCCAUGUACCAGUGUCGCGCCACCAACCAGCUGGGCAGCACCUACUCCUCUGCCCAGCUGCGCGUGCUCGCCUUCGCGCCGUCGUUCGCCAAGCAGCCGCUAGAGGCGCUAAUGUACGCCGGCCUGGGCAUGAACCAGACGAUCGCCUGUGAACCUGAGGCGGCGCCGCGACCUGACAUCACCUGGACGCUGGACGGACGGCCGAUCGGUACCGGUGGUCGUCGGCGCGUGCUCGCCAACGGCUACCUCCAGCUGGACCCCGUGUCUCAGGAGGACGCCGGAGAGUACACGUGCACGGCCACCAACCAGUACGGCUCCGACUCGAGCUCCGGCCGACUGCGCGUCCUCGAGGCCCCUGUGAUGGUGGAGCAGCCGCAGCGACUGAUGGUGAAGGUAGUGAACGACAUGGUGAUCCUGCGCUGCGAGGCAGAGGCCGACCCCGGCCUGGACCUGGCCUACGUGUGGACGCACAACGGAAUUCCCAUCGACUACCACGAGAUCGACACCCGCUACCACCGACUGCGUCAGCCGGGAUACCUGCAGAUCCGGAACGUGUCUCUAGAGGAGGACGGCACGUACCGGUGCACGGCGCGCACGGCUGUAGGAGAGAUCUCGGCCGAGUCGCGACUGACCAUCGCCGGCCCGCCGGAGGCCCCCGGCGGCGUCCAGGCGUUUGAGCUGAACGCUACGUCGGGCAGACUCGAGUGGCAGGACUUUGACGAUAACGGCCGACACAUCAGCAUGUACCGGAUCGAGGCGAGGACCAACUGGAAUAGCAGCUGGUUCAUCAUCAAAGAAAACAUCACCGUGGAGCGCGACGCGCUGGGCAUCACCACCCUCCGCCGGUACGUGUUCCCCGACCUGCUGGUGCCGUUCUCGUGGUACGAGUUCCGUGUGUCGGCCGCCAACCCGCUGGGCUACGGGCCGCCGUCGCCGCCGUCACCGCGCUACAACACGGCGCCGGCCCGGCCGUUCACGCCGCCCACACAGAUCCACGGCGGCGGAGGCAAGAUUGGAGACCUCACCAUCAAAUGGAAGCCGCUGACGGACCGGUACCGAAACGCUCCGGGCGUCUACUACAAGGUGUUCUGGAUGCGCCACGAGAUUGAGCCCGAGAUCGACUACAACGAGAAGACGCUCGAAGAGUACGGCAACAUCGGACAGUACGUGGUCACCAUCCAGAGAAAGUAUUUCUACAGCCAGUACAAGGUCAAAGUGCAGGCGUUCAACUCGAUGGGUGCCGGUCCCAUCUCUGAGGAAUACAUCAUCUACAGCGCCGAGGGUAUGCCCCAGGCCGUGCCCACUGAGGUGGCCGCCAAGGCGUACAACUCCACGGCUCUCAAUGUCACCUGGCGUCCGAUCGAGCACACGCGCGAGGGUCUGCGCGGCCGCCUGCUGGGUCACCGUGUCAAGUACUGGAUCCGGGACGCCGACGAGGCCACAGAGUCUCUGAUCCUGCUCAAGUCGUCCCUGGAGCCGUGGGCGCUGGUGGUGGGUCUGCAGCCUUUUACCGAAUACUACGUGCGUGUCAUGGCCUACAACUCUGCCGGAUCGGGACAGGAGAGUGAGCGGUUCCUGGAGAGAACGUACAAGAACGCGCCGCUCAACCCACCCACUGCCGUCAAUGUGGAGCCGAUCAACCCGCGCACCGUGCGCGUGACAUGGCGAAUCGCCUCGCCCAGUGUAGACGAGGAACCGCUUAGAGGAUUCAAGGUGCGUGUGUGGGAGCGCGACCAGGACAUCUCGGACGCAAACGACACGUACGUGCCGCUGGGCCAGCGUCUGGAGGCCUAUAUCAAUGACCUGGAGCCGGGAGCCUGGUACAAACUGCGUGUGCUGGCCUACAGCGCCGGCGGUGACGGCAAGAUGAGCUCUCCAGAGUGGCAGUUCCAGAUGGGUAACCCUGACGACCUGCGCGGCGGCUCGUCCCGCCUAGAACAGGCCAUCCUGCACGUGCUGGCGCCGCUGGCCGCCUGCCUGGUCUGGCUGAGAGUGACGGGUGCCGUCUGAAGGCGACAGCGUCAAUCAUCCCGCUGACUCGCUGCUUUCCGACAAACGUCUGUUUGUGUGUGGUGUGUGGAUGUGAUUGUUGUGAUUUAGAAUGUGUGUACUUGGAGUGGGUGUUUGUCAGUAAGCUCUUGUGAGUACGUAGAUCUGUACGAAGUUGAAGUAAGGUUUUGCGUAGGACAGUUACAGAUGAACGCGCAGUCGUUUUUAUCAUGUUCUUCCAGUGAAUCUUUAUUGUAUCUCCUUUACAUAUGAGUGAUGGUUGCGGGAGCUCGAGUGAUUUCAGGAUCUGAGGGAGGGAAUGAGACGUUCCAGUGAUGAGUUGUGAGAUAAUUCGAUCCGUCCAGUGCAUUCCAUUUUGAACUGUGGGUCUUGUCACGGAGGCGAGUCUUUUUCUGCGCCGGCUUUACUGCGACUGCUGCCAAGUGACGUCGGUUUGACUCCGAACUGUGGCUUUGGACCUUGCUGAGGAACCGUUACCUGGUACUGAAAAGGAGAAUCUAACCGUCGUAUUCUGAACGGUGCGUCUAGUGGUAAGGGAAAGUCUGCGGCGGCCUGGAGCCGGGUACGAUAUUGUGCCCCGCCUCGGCGUGCUCGUCGUGGCUGCGGGUGCCAACGAAGGACCGGACUUCAAAGAGAAUCCUGGCGGCCGAUGUCCGUCUGUCUGCCUUUAGCAACGCGUCCGUCCAGUUGCUUUCUGCGAUUUUUAGGAGUAAUGUCGAGCAUUGUCAAGCACCGUGUUAUGGCAUCACCGUGUUUCACUCAAUAUGCAUUUGCGUUUGCUAUCUGCUUGUUGUAUCAUCCGCAUUCGCCAGCUAGGUUUAACUAUGUCGUUUAGCAUAAGAUCGCUUCAAUGAGCUAUGGACAUUACAUGCAUUUUGAAAGAUAGCUCAGAAAGAGUAGGUAUGCGACAUUUUCGACUGCAUUUUAGCCAGGUAUGUCUUGUUAUUCCGAGCGUUUUAUUUGAAACCUCGUUUUUCGUUUUCAAUGACGCCAAACGUUUAGCUUUGUAGCAGUCUGUCGAUAAAAUAGUGGAAUAUACAUUCCAGAUUUUUA